GAUGCUUGAGUCGCUGUCAUGAUCGGGGUUGAAGCCUCCGCCGCUGCAGCGGUGGCCGCCCCCGCUGUUCCGGAGCGGGGCUCCGAGCGCAAUGAGGGACGUGGAGAUGCCGACACUGCGACCUCAGUUGCGCCGUUCUCCACACAGCGUUUGCUUCACUUGCUUUCCGAGCUCAAAGAGUACCAGGUGGCUUCCAACCACGAACGCCUGGAAGUUCGUUGUGAGCGGGUGGAACAAAAGACCAGGCUAGCCAGAUUGGAACAGCAGCUCCUAGCGGAGGAGCAGAUUGGGCACGACUUGGCCCGACGCAUUGAAACUCUCGAGGAGGCGAUUCGACAAGAACGGCAGAUGCAGGAGAAGAGUCUGUCACAGGCGUUCUCUUUGCAGGAAGGGAUGGCUCCAAGGUGGGCUGCCAAUCUGGAUGCUUUUCGCACCGUGCCAAAGGAUUUGGCCGAGGCUUCCGCCACGGGUGCGGCCAUGACACUGGUGGCCACCGUCACCUGUGUGGUGCUGUUCCUGUGCGAGACCAGCGCCUUUCUGCGCUCGGAACGGCGCACGGAUGUGGCGUUGGAUAGCAACCAGGACUCCAUGCUGAACAUCAACUUCGAUGUGACGAUGCUGGACAUGUCCUGCGAUCACGUCACAGUGGGCGUUUGGGAUGCAUUCGGCAGCGAACGAAUGAACAUCACCAAGAACAUCCGGAAGCAAAGGAUCGACCAUAAGGGGGCAGACCAGGGACAUCCGUAUACCGACGACGAAGUCACGGACCUGGAGUUCUCGGACGAGUGCUUUGGACGACCGG